AUGCCAGCGGACCCGCGCCCGCGGGGCCCGCCGAGGCCGCAGGCCACUCCGGCGUCACCGCCGCCCGCGAGGGCGCCCGGCGCCGCGGCCACAGCGGCCGCCGCUGCAGGAGCUGCCGCCGGCAGCGCACCGACAGCGGAGACGUCCCGAGUCCCGCCAUCUCCCGACAGCACCGUGGAGGGUCAUUACGCCGAGGGCGGGGACUGGAACGAUUGGUGGCAGAGGGCGAGUUCCGCCUGGGACGGUGGGGGAAGAGGCCUUGACGCAGGCCUGUCAAAGACGGCACCGACAUACGAGCUGCUCAAGACCGACGGCUACAGAGUCUUUCGCCGAAAGCUGGAGGUCUUCGAGCGCUGCUGCAGGAAGCGCGGCACCACCGCGAUCAGCGAGGGCGCGUUCUUGAUCAUGAACUCGCUGCAGGGUGAAGCCGCGGAGGCUACGGAGGACAUCGACCUGGAUCAGCUGGAGUCCGAGGACGCCUUCAAGCCGCUGUUCCAGGUCCUCGACGAAUACUACAAGUACGAUAACCAGACCGAGCUGCCAGCCCGCACAGAUCAGUUUUUCGGCAAGUUCGCUCGCCAGGAUAAGGAGACGAUGAAGCUCUACUGCUUGCGUCACAAGCGAGAGCUGAGGAAGCUCAAGGAGGUCGGCAUGGAGAUUCCCGACAUGCUGGCGGGCUGGCACCUCCUCUCACGAGCGGCCGUCCCACCUUCGGGCGCCGCCCAGGUGCGAAGUCAAUGUGCCAAUGGCCUCAGUUGGAUUAGUGUGAAGAAGGCCCUACUCGAUACAUAUGGAGCCGAAGCCGUACCCGACAAGCGCGACGUGAAGCGAGUUGAGAGGAUGCUGGUCGGGCAGGGUCAUAAGGACGACGUGCACUACACGAACGACUACGAGUGGGAGCGAGGCCUGAGCUACGAAGACUCAUACCUGGAGGAGGAAGAAUACGAUUACGACGAAUACGAGGAGUACGACGCUGAAGAGUACGAGGAAGAGGCCGACGUCGCCGAGGAGCUGCCGCAGGACGUGGAAGAAGCCCAGAUCGCGUGCGACGAGGCCUACCUCAGUUUCGUGGAUGCGAAGAGGCGCGUAGCGGAGAUCGCCAAGUCGAGAGGUUUCUACCCGAUCGUUGCCGUCGCGCCCGACAACAACUUUCAACACGGCAAGGGCGCGUCGCGCUCUGCCAAGCCGACGGGCGGCAAGGGCAAGGGCCGCAGCAAAGGCAAAGGCAAAGGCAAGGGCACCGGCUCGCGCCAGGUGUUCAGGCCGAAGGUGAACAUCUUCAACAGGCCCCCGACGGCGACGCCGGCAGGAUCGACCGCUACAGGCUCGACACAGCAGCACGGCCCGAGGUUCAAGCGAUUCCGUGGAGGAGGUUUCGUGAAGCCCGAUUCGGAGCACGCCGCCAUGGUAGAAGACGUGGAGACGCUAGAGUACGCUAACUCGACCGAGGAGGUGUACCUGAUGUCGACUGGCAAGGGCAUCAGCGACGGCGGUGCGACGCGACCCGUCAUGGGCGACAAGAUCUGGGCGCAGUGGGAGGAGCUGCUGCGUUCACGCCAGCUGCUGCACGAGGUCGAGUACGGCAAGAGCGACCGACGAUUUCGAUUCGGAGACGGCAAGACGCUGGAGGCCAAGCGGUCCGUGACCUUGAACGUGUGGCCGUUCGGCGUCAAGAAGCAGAUCACGAUCCAUCUCGUCGAGGGGUGGACGCCGCUGCUCAUCGCCCGUCCGUGCAUGGAAGAGUGGGGUUUGGUCCAGGACUACCGCGCCGGCACGUUUAUGAUGAAGGACCUCCCCGACAAAGGCUGGAUGAAGUCCGAGCGAGACGAGAAGGGGCACUUCAUCAUCGACCUGCUGGGUGGCGCCGGCAGGGCCACCGACGACGCGAUGAACGAGGGCGCGCCGACCGAGGGCGAGCCCAGCAGCGACGACUCGACCGACAACGAGUCCGAGGCACCGCCGAGCGAGUCCGAGGACGAUUCUGAAUCGUCCGACGUGGACCCCGACGCGUACUACCUCGAGACGGUCACCGAGUUUUAUGACAUCAGUGACAAUGACGACGUGGGAAGUGAGCGGACCCAGGAGUUUUCGGUGGCGGGUUCGAGCGAGAGCGCUAGACCGAGCACGAUGGACCCCGACACCUACACCGACCUGGCCCUGGCCCUCGAGCAGGCGUACGACGGCAUGAAGGAGAUGCUCCGAGGACCCCCGCCGCGUAAGGUCUGGGAGGUAUUCGUGGACGCAGGAGGUCUGUCGCAGGCGCUGCUCGAGUACCCCAUGGUGGACGUCAUGCAGUUCCGCCUCGAGGACGGCUGGGAUUUCUCCAAGCCGAAGGUGAUUAAGGCGUUCCUGAGGAAGAUCGACGUCGAGAGACCCGACGACAUUUUCUUCGCACCCCCGUGCAAAGUAUGGUGCUCGUGGCAGUACGUGAACGCCUCGCUCUCAGCAGAGCGCGCCGCGGAGAUCCACGAGGCGAGAGUACGCGAGGAGAAGACGCUUCUGAAGUUGGUCCGUGACUCGUUCGUGAAGCAGCUGAAUGGAGGCCGACACGCCUACGUGGAAGGCCCAUGGUCAGGAGCGCACUGGAGCACCAAGACGUGGAAGGCACUGCCGGGACACCACUGCCGACUGGACCAGUGCCGCCUGGGAGCCAAGUUCCCCAUGAAGGGAGUGGACAUGCCGUACCAGAAGCCGACGCGAUUGCAGUCCACUAACAAGGAGUUCGUCGAUCACAUGGGUCUGAGGUGCGAGUGCAGGGGCGAGCACGUGACACUACGCGGCAAGCUCGCCCAGCAGGCUCAGAACUACCCCGCACCGAUGGCUCGACGGAUGGCUUACCUGAUUGCUUACCAGGGCAUGGCCGCCGACAUCGACGAGAUUUACACAGCCGAGGAAGUGCACAAGGACAUCGACGCCAUCGAGUACACAGACGUAAUGCAGGAGCUGCUGAAGCGCUUCAACGUCUCGACCAUCCGUGCGGUCAAGCGCGCCCACGUCAGCCUGGGACACCCCUCGAAUGCGGCGCUGGCCAACGCCAUGCGACACGCAGGUGCCCCAGCAGAGUGGAUCCAGUGCGCCAGGCUCUAUCAGUGCGAGAUCUGCCUCAAGAGACAGCGACCGCGCACCGUGCGCGUGGCCGUGCUCCCGAAGGCCAAGCGCUUCAACGAGGUGGUCAGCACUGACGUGUACUACGUUACCUGGAAGACGAAGGAGACUUUCAAGAAGGAGAAGAAGCUCUUCGAGAAGCUCUGGAUCAGCUGGGCCGGCAAGCCCGAGACGAUGCGCAUGGACAUGGGCGGUUCGCACACGUCCAAGAAGAUGCACUCCUGGAUGAGCAAGCACGACAUCAAGCUCGACCUGAUACCGAAGGGCGCGCACCACAAGCUGGGCUUGAUGGAGCGGAACCACGCGGUUCGGAGGGAGCAGCUGAGCAAGUACCACAUGCAGUUCCCCGACGACUCGCUCAAGACAGCCCUUCGGAUGACGGCCAGCCAGCGCAACCUACUGCGGAACGUGCACGGGUUCUCACCCGCCAUGCUGGUGCUGGGGACUCAGCCCCGCGUGCCGGGCGCCCUCUCUGACGAGGACUUCGGCCUGGCCGAGCAGUCCGCGCUGGUCGACCCGAGGAGCGAGGUGCACGAGAUGAUGCUGCGGCGUGUCGCUGCCGGCACGGCCUUCAUCGAGGCCAACUGCUCGCGCGCCGUGCGCGCAGCCCUGCUGGCCCGCAGCAGGCCGACCCGCCGAGAAUACGAGGUUGGCGAGUGGGUCUACAUUUGGAGACCGGAGCCUUCGCGUGGCCUGGAGAAGUGCCACUGGUUCGGCCCCGCGCUGGUGGUGGCCGUGGAGGCGAAGCCCAACGAGGACGACGUGAUGCACACCUCAGUGGUCUGGGCCACACACGGGUGCGUGAUCUACAGGUGCACGGUCGAGCAGCUACGACCCGAACUGCCAGGCGAGGCCCGCGAGCGCGAGGGCCGCAGGGACGACCCCGACAGCCCGCUCAGCUUGAUCGAGAAGCUGCGCCGCGCGUUGAAGCGAACGAAGGGCACCUGCAACUACAGGGACCUGGCGGAGGAGGGGCAGACGCCCCAGUACGACGACAACCUGGACGACAUGGGGGACCAGCCGCAGGCGCGGGGACCCGACGUCCAGGAGACAGACACGGAGGAGCCCGGCGAGGCAUCGGGGGCAGCUGCAGCGGCAGCUCCCGAAGAGGCUCAGCCUGGCGAUCCUGGUGGCGUGGAGGCAGUUGAUCGAGACUCACCACGUUCCCCAGCGGCUGAUGCGGGCGCCGCCGCGAGCGGAAGUGCAUCGAGCCAUGCAGCGCCAGAGCCCAGCCGGCUCCACAUCGAGACGAUGGCCAAGAGGAGCGUAGAGGAGGCCGAGAAGCUGGAUGGCGUGCCGCUAUCGAAGCGAGCCCGCUUGACGUGGGCCAAGCUGAACCCUCCUGACGAGCACGCCACGCUGCUUGAAGAAGUGGACGACGAGAUGCUAUUGUUGGAAGAGUCCACUGAGACGGUCUACAUGCUGGCCUUCAAGCGGAAAGCCCCCACCAUCGUGGAGGGAAAGCUGACGCCCGAGGAGAAGGAACAGUUCUACGCAGCGAAGCUGGAGGCCCUCGAGGUGUUCAAUCAGAACGACGGCUGGGAGCCCAUUAACGAGGAAGACGUGGACCCAGCAGCCUGCUGUCCGCUGCGGUUCUUGCUGAAGUGGAAGAUGAAAGACGGACAGAAGGUGGCUAACGCGCGCGUGCUGUACCAGGGGUUCAAGCAUCGCGACGUCGCCGAGGGCCAGCUCGACAAAGAGGCGCCGACCUUGAGCAGACUGGGCCGGCACACGGUCAUGCUCUGGGCGUCCCUACGGAAGUGGAGGUUGUUCACGGCGGAUGUGAAGUCCGCAUUCCUGCAGGCGGAGGACGUGAGCGUACGCGGACUCAAGCUGUACGCGAGCCCGACGAAGGAGAUGAGGGAGAUGCUCUCUCAGCAGAUCGGCCUGCAACCUGGACAGCUGCUGAAGAUGAUCAAGCCAUGUUUCGGGGACCGGAGGUCGCCGAAGCUCUGGCACUACCGGUCCGAUGAAGUCACGAAGGAGAUCGGGUUCAGGAACCACUGGCUCGAGGACUGCCUCUUGCUGUCCCUGCGCCCGGCGAAGGUCGAGGACGACCCGUUCGACGUGUGCAGCUUCGAGGACCAGACCUACGUGGUGGACGGUCUGAUCGGCAAGCACGUGGACGACUUCAUCGGAUGCGGCGAGGGAGUCAACUGCGAGGACGACUUGCACACCAUGCUGGACAACUCGGAGUGCUUCCAAGCGAGAUUGGGCGCGCUCAACCAGAAGUUCACGUUCGGCAAGUGGGACUUCGGGCCGAGCCUGAUCUUCACUGGCGGCGAGGUAGAGCAGUCUCUCAGCACCUACGCGGUGACCCUGAAGUUCGAGAAGUACCUGCACGCGGUGAAGCCCAUCACCAUCGAGAAGCACCGUCGGGCAGACCCGACGAGCGCGCUGACGCCGAGGGAGCUCACCAGUUUCAGGACCCUGAACGGCCAGCUGCAGUGGCCCGCGGCUCAAGGAGUGAUGAUAGCCGCAGCGACUGUUUCUUUCAGGGCAGCGGCCACGGGAAAUGCUACGGUGCAAGACCUCCUUGACGCGAACAAGGACCUGCGCUUUCUGAAGGCCAACGCGGACGUGGGACUCUACUUCGGGUUCGACAAGGCCUGGAGCGAGCUGCGCGUGGGAGGCUACUCCGACGCGAGUUGGGCAAGCCGCCUGGACGGGAGCUCGCAGGGUGGCUAUACGAUCUUCGUUGGACCCGACGACGACCUGCGAAACGGCAACCCGACACCGUUCGUGGGGAUGGAGUGGGCCUCGAAGAAGCUCGUGCGGCUGUGCAGGAGCUCGCUGUCCGCGGAGGCGCAGGCAGCUGCGCUAGGCGUGGACUCGCUGAUGUGGGUGAAGAUCUACCUGACGCUGAGCUUGCGGCCAGACUUCAAGCCAGACCAAGCGAUGCUGUACCUCGGAGAGUCGCCGUUCAUCACGGACGCGAAGUGUCUCUACGACGCCUCAAGGUCAGCCACCGCAGGCCUGGGCAUCACGGAGAAGCGGACAGCCAUCGAGGUGAAGAUUGUGAACGAGCAGAUGGAAGAGAUCGGCGCAGUGUGGAAGUGGGUGAACACCCAGCAGCAGAUGGCGGACGGGUUGACGAAGCUCUCCGCACGCCAGCAGAUGGCGGACGUGCUGCGCCGUGGAGUUCACGCUCUACGGUACGACCCGAAUUUCGUGGCCGGGAAGAAGCUGACCAAGCGCGCGAUGGAGCAGCGCGAGAAGGAGCUGGACCAGGCUGGAGAUGACCUGGCGGACGAGUUCGAGGCGAAGCCAAAGGAGAAGCCCAAACAGAGGAAGCGCCAUUUUGGCGCGAGUGGUGCGAAGUUGGCGGCAACCUUGGCAGCGAGCGGAGCAUCGAGUGCAGCCGGAGAGUUGAUGAAGUACACGCCCAGCGGCGUUGAGCUGUUCAACACACCGGCGCCCGACGACUGGAGCGACCUGAUCACGAAGCUGCUCAUGCUCGGCAUCGUGAUAUGCCUCAUCCUGGCGUUCGGCUGUGGGUUCUGCGCAGGGGUGUGGUGGAUGCACCUGACGAGCAAGACGACGAGCGCAGACUACAAGACGCUGGAGCUGGAGACGGGACAAGUCCCGACCAGAUCGACGACGGCGGAGACCGCCACGACAGGAACGAGCACGAAGCCGAUCAAGCAGAAGAAGACGCGCGACAUGUGCUGCCAGGCUCCGACGCGCUACAAUCUAGACCUGGCACAGCCGAGGUUCCAGCCGCUGCCAGAGUACGCCCACGGGGCAUUCUUCAGCUGA